ACAAGAGUCUCAUCACUAUUUUCAUCAUCAUCAUCAUCAUCAUCAGUAGCAGCAGUAGUAACAACAGCACCACUGUCAACGGUUUUCAUUUCAAUGGAACCAUUCCUAGAUGCAUUUUUUGCAGUUGAUGUUGACCAUAGUGAUGUAAUAACUACAGAAGAUUUAAGAACAUAUGUGGAAAGACAUAAUUUAGACGAAAAAAUGGUCAGAAGUUGGAAAAGAUUGUUCGAUCCGGAAAACACUGGUUAUAUCACACUGGAGAAGUUCUGUGAAGUUUUUGGCAUAAAAAAGGAGGAAGCACAUAAAAUCAGAAUUGAACGUAUGAAAGUGCCUGUGGAGAAAUUAGGAUCCGAUGUCUAUGUAAUUUCCCAGCAAAUGGAUAUCAAUGAUCAAAUUCGUAUUAGCGAUCAAGCUCGACGUUUGUUAUACCCACCUGGUGAACUUGGAAAUCGUGAAAUAGCACAAAACUUGAAAUUAUGGCUACAGAAAGUUUAUGGGCCAACAUGGCAUGUUGUUGUACUUCGUGGAGCCUAUGGCUUAUCAUAUACGCAUCUUGAGAAUCGAUCAUUUCAGUUUCAACUACAAGAUAGAUGUUUCUUAAUAUGGGGUACACCGAGUGAAUAUCAGCUGGUUUAAACGGACAUUUUUCUUACACGAACAAAGUUGGAUGAAAAUAAAAUGAUUUGAAGAAAUUUUGUACUAUAUUCUAUUUGUAUCAUGAAAAGAUAUCGAAAAUGCUACAUUUAAAG